AUGGCUUCCUUCUCGGGACACCUCCACCGCGCCCUCUCCACCAUGGCCGUCGCCGCCUUCGCCGCCGUCUCCUCCCAUGAGCUUCCUGACAAGUUAUCCCACCACAGGCUUUCUGAUGCGAGCACGAGCGCGGACACGCUUGUAUUGCUUCCAUCGGCCAGGGCAGAUGUUCCAGCAGCGCCUUCGGCCUCUGCCCUUUCUGGCGCGCAGCUACUGCCACGCGACAUCCACAGCUUGCGUCUGUUGAAGGCGCCCUUCGCCUCUCUGCCGGUCAUGCAGACGGUUUACCAGUACGCAAACUUUGCCAAGACCUCCGGACGAGCCGAUGCGAUGCCUGCGAUUCCUUCCUCGCCAUCGGAUGUGCUGUACUGCUGGCACCUGCCAGGCCCCAGGGUCUGUGCCGAGUUCCCUGACAGGUCUCAGACGGUCGUGGUCCUUCUUGGGUGGCUGGGCUCAAGGCAGAAGCAUCUCAAGAGAUAUGCCGAUUUUUACACCUCCAGGGGCUUCCAUGUCGUCACCUUCACCCUCCCGAUGUCUGACAUUGUCAGUUAUAACCUUGGAGGGAAGGCUGAGAAGAAUGUUGAGAUGCUAUCCGAACAUCUUGCUGACUGGGUCAGGGAGGAGAGUGGGAAGAAGAUUAUUUUCCACACCUUCAGCAAUACCGGUUGGCUUUGCUAUGGCGUAAUUCUAGAGAACUUGCAACAGCAGGAUCCUUCAGCGGUGGACAAAAUUAAAGCUUGUGUAGUAGACUCAGCACCUGUUGCUGCACCUGAUCCUCAGGUUUGGGCUUUGGGCUUCUCGGCUGCCCUCAUGAAAAAUCGUAGUGUCACCACAAGGGGACUAGGAUCAGACGAUCCAAGGUCUGAUGUCCUAGUAGUGGAGUCUAACAAGGAGCCCAAGCUGGGAGCAACAGAGGCGGUUCUACUGUCAGCACUGGAGAGUUUCUUUGACGUCGUUUUGAACUAUCCAAAGAUCAACAGGAGGUUAUCUGACGUGAUGGAGCUUUUGUCUUCGAAGCAACCAAAGUGCCCCCAAUUGUACAUAUAUAGCUCCGCCGACAGGGUGAUUCCAGCGAAAUCAGUGGAGGCAUUCAUCGAGGGUCAGCGGAAAGCUGGUCGCGAGGUGAGGGCUUGCGACUUCGUGUCAUCGCCCCAUGUGGACCAUUACCGGAGCAAUCCUGGGCUGUAUACUUCUCAGCUGGGCAACUUCUUGGAGGAAUGUGUGCUUGCCAAGCGCUGUGAGGGAGCUUGCGCAUUAUGA